AUGGUGAAGGGUAUCGCGACGCUUAUUAGGUCCUUUACCAUCAAACUAAUUUUUCUGGCUUGUCUUGUUCUGUUGGCCCUUCAGAUAGUAUUUUUUUAUUCAUCAGGUGUUGAUGUUGUCUACAUAGUUGGCCGAAUAGGCAACUCAGGGAUUGCAGAUGGCGGAAGUAAAUAUGCUCCCUUUGGUCGGUCGAAAAAGUUUGGUGAUAUGGGUCAUCCAGUUGUCAUACCUGCAUCACUACAAGCUGAAUCAAAGCGAACAUUUCAUAUCAAUGAAUUUAAUCUGGUCGCCAGUGAUUUAAUUGGCCUUGAUCGUAAUUUAGAUGAUUUUCGUGAUCCUAGUUGUCCACGUGUUAUACCUUUGGAUAAAUUGAUCCCUUACAAAACUAGUGUGAUCGUUGUAUUUCACAAUGAGGCAUGGUCAACACUAUUACGUACUGUACAUUCUGUACUUAAUCGUACCCCAUCAGAAUUACUCCAAGAAAUCAUUCUUGUUGAUGAUGCUAGUACUCAGUCUCAUUUAGGUCAACAAUUAGAUGCCUAUGUAAGUACAUUUAGUCAACGUGUGCACAUUGAACGUAUGCAUAAUCGAAGUGGUCUAAUUCGUGCGAGACUGCAAGGAGCAAAAGUUGCCACAGGCAAAACGCUUACAUUCUUAGAUGCACACUGUGAAGUGACUGUUGGCUGGUUAGAAACUCUACUUGUACAUAUUGCAGAGAAUCCAAAACGUAUAGUCUGUCCUAUUAUUGAUGUAAUUAAUCAUGAUACUUUUGAAUAUCUUCUUGGUUCUGAUCGUACUUGGGGUUCUUUUGAUUGGCAUUUUUCUUUCCACUGGGAGAGUGUUGUAGAUAGAGAACUCUACCGUAUUAACUAUGAUCAUAACAAACCAAUACGAACGCCUACUAUGGCUGGCGGCUUAUUCACUAUUGUUCGUGAUUAUUUUAUGAAGUGA